AUGACUGGCGUUGAGGCUGUGUCCAAUUCAGAACCUGCUGAAGUCGUUGAUUCGAACGUGAAGGACUCGUUCGUCCAGUAUCGGAUUCAGGACCUACUAGAAACCUACUCUGAUAUUCGUCUUAUUCGUCGGGAUGGUAAUUGCUUCUAUCGCGCAGUUUUGGUUGCGCAGAUUGAACUAAUGCUCAACGAUCGAGAGGAGUGUGCAAGGUUCGAACAAAUAAGCCGUGGAUGGCAGGACCGACUUAUCAAGCUUGGAUACCCUGACUUUACUACUACUGACUUUUGCGAAGUGUUUUACAAAUGGAUGACUCCAAUAUGGACUCAUCAGGCGGACAGGAAAAAGAUUUUUGAAGACUUGAACGACGACGGUGAAGCUAACUACCUCAUAAUCUUUUUGAGAUUGAUCACUGCGGGAUUCUUGAAGGAGCACUCGGAGGAGUAUGCACCGUUUAUUGAAGACUGUAGUCUCUCUGAUUAUUGUACUACAGAGAUUGAAUCAAUGUGGAAGGACGCAGACCAUCUUGCCGUCACGGGACUUGUGAACGCCAUAGGUUAA